CAUAUCGCACCAAGACCAGAAGGUGAUGAAGCAAUGAUACUCUGAGUUGAUAAAGGUAUUGUUUUUUUAUUCCUAUUAUUAGCAGAGAAACUACUUAUGUAGCCGCAUCUCCAGUAUUUUCUUUCGACCGUAGUCGUGCGUAAAAUCGGUGUAAAAUGGAGACACGCGUCCUGGCGACGGUAACAACCCUCCUGUCGUGGAGUUACUGUGCGUUGGCCACGCAGGUCGCCUUCUCCAACUUCUCCGUGGACAACGAGGUGCACUCCAGUUUCAUCCAGCGGCGGCUGCGGAGCCAGGAGCGCAGGGAGAUGCAGCGGGAGAUCCUCUCCAUCCUGGGGCUGCCGCACCGGCCGCGGCCGCACGUCCACACCAAACACACCGCUGCCCCGAUGUUCAUGCUGGACCUGUACAACACCAUCUCCACAGAUGCACAGCCGCCCGGAUACUCUUACUACAAGCCCGCUUUACCCACCCAGGGCUCCUCCAUGAUGACCCCGCAGGACAGCCGCUUCCUGGAUGACGCAGACACGGUGAUGAGUUUUGUCAAUCUGGUCGAUCAGGAGAAGGAUCUUCUGUUCCAGCAGCACAGAAGAGAAUUCAGAUUUGAUCUUUCCCGUAUUCCUGAAGGAGAGGCCGUCACAGCAGCAGAGUUCAGGAUAUAUAAAAAUGUUGUCCAGGAACGCUACGAGAACGAGACCUUCAGAGUCAGUGUGUACCAGGUCCUGGAGAAACCUCCAAACAGUGAGGUGGAGCUCUUGCUGCUGGACCAGCGCGAGGUGUGGGCUGCAGAGGAUGGCUGGCUGCUGUUCGACCUGACCGCCACCAGCAACCUGUGGCUGGUGAACCCGGAGCAGAACCUCGGGCUGCACCUGGUGCUGGAGGACAGCCACGGCCAGAGGAGGAACCCCCAUCUGGCGGGGCUGGUGACGGGGAACGGGUCUCAGGAGAAGCAGCCCUUCAUGGUCGCCUUCUUCAAAGCCAAUGAGAUACCCUCAGCCUCUCCAAAGAGGGAUGUAAAAAGCACGAGCUGUAUGUCAGUUUCAGAGAUUUGGGAUGGCAGGUAUGAUUCAGAUCUUCCAUUUGAUCUCAUUUCAAUUUCAUGUCCAAAAGUGACAAUUGGCUUACAUUUGCUGGAUGCUUUAAUCCAACCAGGACUGGAUCAUCGCACCAGAGGGCUACGCAGCGUUUUACUGCGAGGGAGAAUGUGCCUUCCCUCUCAACUCCUACAUGAACGCCACCAAUCAUGCCAUCGUGCAAACUCUGGUGCACUUUAUCAACCCGGACACGGUGCCUAAGCCCUGCUGCGCCCCCACCCAGCUCCACGGCAUCUCAGUGCUCUACUUUGACGACAGCUCCAACGUCAUCCUCAAGAAGUACCGCAACAUGGUGGUCAGA